AGAGAGAGGGGGAGAGAGAGAGAGACACUCACAGGGAGGGACUCGCCCUCGGUCAGUACCUCAGGAGGGCAGUUUCAAGGACAAGGGAGUCGCAAGGGAGGUUUACGGACACAAGGGGAACCCGGCUCUGACACCAGAAAGCCUCCAGCCCAAUUCUGAGUAAACCCGACCCUCAACACUUCUCCACACCGGGACACCGCGUCUGUGUCCAUGUGCACUGAGACAACCAUCACAGAGUAAGGCCUGGGCGAUGGCAGAGGCUCACCAAGCGGUGGGCUUUCAGUUCACUGUCAGCACAGAAGGGAUUGACCUUCACCUGAGUCGGGAAGUUUUGAAGCAUAUUUACCUGUCCGGAGUGACGUCAUGGAAGAAGCGGGCCAUUCGGUUCAAGAACGGCAUCCUAACUGGAGUUUACCCUGCCAGUCCGUCGAGUUGGCUUGUGGUUGUCGUGGCGAUAAUGAGCACCAUGUAUGCUCGCAUAGACCCCUCUAUGGGAAUGAUUGACAGCAUCAAAAAAACACUUCCUCAAAGUGACUAUUUGACGGUACACACAAAAGCUCUCCUGAGCGCCAUUCUGUUUGCCACGGGCCUCUGGGUGUCAAUCAUCUUUAUGCUGCGUAACACCCUCAAAUUACUGCUGUCUUACCACGGCUGGAUCUUCGAACCUCACGGGAAAAGGAGCUGCUCCACCAGGCUGUGGAUGAAUCUUGUGAAGCUGUUCUCUGGACGAAAGCCACUGCUGUACAGCUUCCAGUCCUCUUUGCCCCGACUGCCUGUGCCCAACGUGAGCGAUACUAUUAAAAGGUACCUGGAGUCAGUGCGCCCUCUACUGGACGAUGAGCAGUAUAACCAGAUGGAGAAUGUGGCAAACGACUUCAAAAAGCACUCGGCUUCAAAACUUCAGAGAUACCUAGUUCUGAAGUCCUGGUGGGCAGCAAAUUAUGUGAGUGACUGGUGGGAGGAGUACAUUUAUCUGCGAAGCCGGAGUCCCAUCAUGGUUAACAGUAACUUCUAUGUGAUGGACCUGCUGUACAUCACCCCCACGCACCGCCAGGCCGCCAGGGCUGGGAACGCCGUCCACGCCAUGCUGCAGUACCGCCGCAAGCUGGAGCGCGGAGAGCACGCUCCGAUGAGAGCUCAAGGGACGGUCCCCAUGUGCUCGUACCAGAUGGAGAGAAUGUUCAACACCACCAGGAUCCCUGGCAUUCAGACAGACUUUGUCCAGCACCUGAAGGACCGCAAGCACCUGGUGGUGUACCACAGGGGGCGCUUCUUCCGGGUGUGGCUGUACUACGGCGGGCGCCACCUGUGGCCCAGCGAGCUGGAGGCGCAGUUCCAGAAGAUUCUGGACGACCCCUCCGAGCCCCAGCCCGGGGAGCUGAAGCUGGCCGCGCUGACGGCCGGGGAGAGAAUUCCUUGGGCUAAGGCUCGCCAGAAGUACUUCAGUCAGGGCAUCAACAGGUCGUCGCUGGAGACCAUUGAGACGGCGGCAUUCUUCAUCACCCUGGACGACGAGGCGCACGGCUACGACGCGGAGAAGCUCAGGUCCCUGGACUUGUACGCCAAGUCCCUGCUCCAUGGAAAAUGCUACGACAGGUGGUUCGACAAGUCGUUUAACCUGAUCGUGUACCAGAACGGGAAGCUGGGUCUGAAUGCGGAGCACUCCUGGGCCGACGCCCCCAUCGUGGGCCACAUGUGGGAGUACGUCGUGGCCACGGACUGUUUCCAGCUGGGCUACACCGAAGACGGACACAGCAACGGGGACAUAAGCAAGGACCUGCCCCUGCCCAUCAAACUGCAGUGGGACAUCUCUGCAGAGUGCCAAGGGGUCAUCGAGAGCUCCUACGGCCUGGCCAAAGAGAUCGCCGACGACGUGGACUUCCACGGCUGCCUGUUCGAGGACUUCGGGAAAGGCCUGAUCAAGAAGUGCAGGACCAGCCCCGACGCCUUCAUCCAGCUGGCCCUGCAGCUGGCUCACUUCAGGGACAAGGGAGAGUUCUGCUUGACGUACGAAGCAUCGAUGACCCGGAUGUUCAAAGAGGGCCGGACGGAGACCGUGCGCUCCUGCACCAACGAAUCCACCGCCUUCGUCAAGGCCAUGGAGGACCCCCUCAAUUCGAACGAGAAGAGGCUGGAGCUCUUCCGCAAGGCGGCGGAGAAGCACCAGCACAUGUACCGCCUGGCCAUGACCGGCUCCGGCAUCGACCGCCACCUCUUCUGCCUCUACAUCGUCUCCAAGUACCUGGGCAUCGACUCGCCGUUCCUCAAGCAGGUUCUUUCCGAACCCUGGAGACUCUCCACCAGCCAAACUCCCCAGCAGCAGCUCAACCUGAUUGAUCUCCAGAGGUUUCCAAAAUACGUCAGCGCUGGUGGGGGAUUUGGACCGGUGGCUGAUGACGGAUAUGGCGUUUCUUACAUCAUCAUUGGGGAUGACCUCAUCACGUUCCACAUCUCCAGCAAAUUCUCCAGCCCGGAGACGGACUCCUAUCGUUUCGGACAGAACAUCCGACAGGCCAUGUUGGACAUCCGAGCUUUAUUUGCUAACAGGGAAAACAAGAUGUGAUUCGAGGAUGCAGAUACUUCUACAUUGCCAUCUCUCCAGGGUAUUCACAUGGGGGUAAAUUGUAAAAAGAAUGUACAGUGUAUCAUUUUAGAAAUGCCCUGCUUUAGUAUGCACAUUUAAUAUAAGAAUGACCUUUAUUUCUUCUAUUUCAGUAUUGUGUUCAGCAGGCUGCAUUGAAGAAUACUGAUUUAAAAAAAGUUUAAAUUACAUUUAAUAAAUUAACAGUAUGUUAAUUGUUGACAGUUAUAUUGUUUAUGUUACGUUGACAGUUCGCAGUGUACAAGUUUGUUGUAAAUAUCGUUACAAGUUUAAGGUUAUUUUCAACUUUAAAGUGUUGAAUGUUCACUGUUAAAACAAAAUCUAGGUGAAAAUAAAGUGAUUUUACUACUUCUUUCAAAA